AGGCACAAACAAGAUGAUAUUCUUCUUGCUAUUGAGACGCUCGUGACUCACGCUUGGAAUGAAGACGAGAAAACAGCCCAGCUUGCGAAACUACAAUUGACAACAGCCAUGUCUCACUCCUCAGAAGAACACGAUGCAGUUACUACCGCACUCACUAAGCAAGCUUAUGAGAUCGUCACACAGGCAAAAACACGUCCCAGCUGGGUUGGCUUCGAAGAAGCAUUGAAGGAAAAGACGGAACCAGUCUUAGCUUAUCCGGUACCACCCCAUCCUCAACCUGAAUCACCAUCGUCAUCUUCUUCAUCUUCACGUGCUGAAUAAGACAGGUUGGGAUAAAGACUUGAUGAUGUCAAACUUCGCUUCGAGUCCAUUUCUAUAUCUAUUUUUUGUAUCUAUUUUUUGGUUCAUCUCUGGUGACCUUUGCAUGCUAUCUCAUACAUUUGCUCU